CUAUCUUAGUGACUCAUGUGCUAUCACGUUACAUCCGAGCGCGUCGCGAGAUAGCUAACUUUUUUCCCUUAUCUCUCCUCAGAUCGCCGGCAGAUUCAAACCAUCGCUCACCCAGGAAAGAAAAUGCCGACACUGUGGUCGCAGGUCAGUAGUAUGGCUUCGGCAGAACCCGUACCGUUAACCGCCCGUGAGGCUGCCUCUGGGCUCUUGGGAUCUAUUUCUUUGACCUGUUGGAUCUUUGUCCUGGUGCCUCAACUUAUCGAAAAUUAUCGCAAUGGCAAUGCGGAGGCCAUCUCUCUUGUCUUUCUCGGCGUUUGGUUCGUCGGUGACGUAACCAACCUAAUCGGAGGCCUUUGGGCCGGGCUGGUUCCCGUAAUUGUGGCUAUUGCUGUUUAUUUUUGUAUCGCAGAUGGUGUGCUUAUCGGGCAAUGUCUCUACUACAAGAUGCGGAAUUCGCGUCUUCAGGCCUUCCACCGUCGACGUUCUUCCGUGGAAACGCCUGACCCGACCACCCCGUUGCUGGGCCGGCGCUUUAGCGACAGCCUUCAUGAUGGACCGGCUUCGCGCCGUCGGUCAUGGGCGUCACAGCACCGUGACGGCCAUGCUAAUGGACCCGACGAUACACUAGCGAAAAUUGUCGAGGAGAAUGAGGCCGGUCGUAGUGCGUGGAUCAAGAACUUCAGCAGCGUCCUGGCCAUCUGCGUGAUUGGAAUGGGUGGAUGGACGAUCGCAUGGCAAUCUGGUGUUUGGCAACCGGCACCUCAGGAGGAUGGUGGAGGUGCCGAGAUAGCCGUUGGAGCCCAGGUAGUUGGGUAUUUCAGCGCGAUCUGCUAUCUGGGUGCACGUCUUCCGCAGAUUUACAAGAACUGGAAGGACAAAUCUUGCGAGGGGCUCUCGCUUUUGUUCUUUAUUCUCUCCCUCUUGGGAAAUUUGACUUAUGGCGCUGGUAUCCUUUGUCAUUCAACGGAGAAAAACUACAUUGUCACAAAUAUACCUUGGCUGCUGGGAUCGCUGGGCACGAUGGUCGAGGAUAUCACGAUUUUUAUACAAUUUCGUCUAUAUGCGGUUGCGGACUCAACAGCCGCAGGGCCAUGAUUGUGAAGGGCCAGGGUACAGCCACGCUAAUAGUUUAGCGCAUUGAUCGACUCUACGGGGACGCGGCGUGGUUCCGUUAGUUGGUCGCGCUUAUCAAAAGUUGUGUCGAGUUUUUUU